AUGGCUGCCAAGGACCUGACGACGAGGGAAUGGAUCAAUGCUCUCAUUGAGCCUGGCUAUCUUCUAGUCUGGGCCCUGCGCUAUUAUGUCAAGGUCAAUUUUGAGACUGUCUUCGGCAAAGGACAAAUCCUCGCUCCUCUUCUCCACCAGAGCAGACUUCGUGAUGAAGCAUUCGGCAAAUUCUGGGUAGCUUUCAGCACAUACCUCCAAGCAAACGCCCCAGCAUCACCACCACCCACCCAACCCCCAGACCAAAUCAUCCGCUCCUCAGACCUAAUCCCACCCCUCCUCGCCCGCGCCUCGGGCACCGUCCUCGACGUCGGCCCAGGCACAGGUACUCAAAUGCCCCUCCUCCGCUCCCCAGCCAUCAAGACCAUCUACGGCGCGGAGCCCUGCCACGGCCUCCACGCCGAACUGCGCGCCAGCGCUACCUCCCAAGGUCUCGAGGAUAAAUACAACAUCCUCCCCUGUGGCGUAGAAUCCGCAGACCUUAUCCCCGCUCUUCAAAGGCAAGGCCUCCUCAAGACCGACUCUUCAGACGUGCCAUCUAUUCUUGAGAAGCUGUCGACGACCAAAGAAGGCGUAUUCGACACCAUCGUCUGCGUGCGCGUGUUAUGCUCAGUCCCCGAUAUGCACCGCACCGUCCAGGACUUGUACACGCUCCUCCGACCAGGCGGAAAAAUGCUCGUCGUUGAGCAUGUAGUUAACCCGUGGCGGACGCCGAAAGGGUCCGUGAUCGCGAGGGCAUUCCAGGCCUUUUAUGGGUUCAUGGGCUGGAGUUGGUAUUUGGGAAACUGCUGCAUGAAUCGGGAUACCACGUCAGCCUUAAAGCAUGCUGCGGAUCAGGACGGUGGGUGGGAGUCGGUUGAGUUGGAGAGCUGGUUCGAGAGUACGCCGAUGCCGUAUGUUGCGGGUAUUUUGACGAAGAGGGGUUAA